CGCAUGCAUAUCCCAUUUCUAUCCAAGCCGUUUGCAGAGAUAGUGCACUCACUGCGCUGAGAGCAGCGGUCACAAAUCAAGUCCGUCUCGGCAAGUCAAUUUUGUAUCUACGGUGGAUAUUACAAUCCAAGCCUUAGCUCUCUGCUGAAGAGACAGAAGAUGGACUCAGCCAUUAACAGCCACCUUGUGCAGAACCUGUCCAUUCUUCUGAGUGCUGGUUAUUCCAACGAGACCUGUCGCUUUGAUGAGGAGUUUAAGUACAUCCUACUGCCUGUUUCCUAUAGCCUGGUGUGUGUUCUGGGUCUGGUGCUGAACUCUGUGGCUCUGUGGAUGUUCCUGACCAAGAUGCGACCGUGGAACACCAGCACCGUCUACAUGUUCCACCUGGCCCUCUCAGACUUCCUGUACGUUCUCUCGCUGCCCACCCUCAUCUACUACUACGCUAACCGCAGCCACUGGCCCUUCGGCGUGGCCGCCUGCAAAAUCGUCCGCUUCUUGUUCUACGCCAACCUCUACAGCAGCAUCCUCUUCCUCACCUGCAUCAGCGUCCACCGCUACCUGGGCAUCUGCCACCCCAUCAAGGCCCUGACCAUGGUGAAGCCACGCCAUGCCCACGCCGUGUGUGGAAUGGUGUGGGCUGCUGUCACGGCGUGUCUGGUGCCCAACCUCAUCUUUGUCACCACCAGCCAGAGGGACAACGACACGGUGUGUCACGAUACGACCAAUCCCGAGCAGUUUGAGGAGUAUGUGGACUACAGCUCUGCGGUCAUGGUCCUGCUGUUCGGCGUCCCCUUCAUGGUUAUCAUGGUCUGCUACAGUCUGAUGGCACUGGCUCUGUGUCGGCCCAGACGGGGGCUCUCGUCCAGCCAGCAGAACUCACCCUCCCGCACCAAGUCCAUCAAGCUAAUUGUGGUGGUGCUGGUGGUGUUCGCCGUGUGUUUUGUACCCUUCCAUAUCACACGCACCCUCUACUAUACCUACCGUGUACUGAAUGCCAAAUGUGAAUUCCUGAACAUCGUCAACUUUGCCUAUAAGAUCACCAGGCCUCUGGCCAGUGUGAACAGUUGUAUUGAUCCCCUCCUGUAUUUCCUGGCUGGGGAUCACUACCGCUCUAAGCUGGUCAAAGCUCUCACUGGAAAUAGACCGACAACCACCAGCCUCUCUGCUGCCUGCCUGAAAAAGCGCCCCAAAAAGAACCAUGAGAUCAUGCUGGUCUAUAAGAACCCAGAGCCUAAAGCCAGCGUUGAACCUAUGAGAUAGUGGGUUAUACAUAUGGACAACUAUGGGGCAUCAUAUAGAUAUGCCUAACCUCCAUAAUAUAAACAGGAAGGAAACAGUUAAUAGCCCUAGGCUGGCCACUACACAGCUGUACUUUCUUUGGAUGCUGUUCUGUCAUUUCAGACACGGAUGACUACUGUCCAGGGUGAACGAAGGGGCCUCUUGCCAGAGCUCAGACCUGAGUGAGAAAUUCAGUUCCUAUAAGGCUGUUCGGUCAAUGUCAUGUUUAAGAGAAUGAAGAAGUGGGAGUACGGUUGAGUUCAGAAAACAGUGGUGAAAAAGUACCCAAUUACCAUACUUGAGUGAAGUAAAAAUGAAAGUCACCCAGUAAAAUACUACUUGAGUAAAAGUCUAAAAGCAUUUGGUUUUAAAAAUACUUAAGUAUCAAAAGUAAAUGUAAUUGCUAAAAUAUACUUAAGUAUCAAAAGUAAAAGUAAAACUAUACAUUAUUUUCAAUUCCUCAUAUUAAGCAAACCAGACGACAUCUUUUUCUUGCUUUUUUAUUUAUGUGUGUUUAGUGAGUCCGUCAGAUCAGAUGCAGUAGGGAUGACCAGGGAUGUUCUCUUGAUAAGUGCGUGAAU